UCAGCGAUCCUAAUUUUUUAUAUUUACAAACAUCCUUCAACAAACUUCCUGCCGUUGAUAAGGACCUCGUGAGAAAUGGCUUCUUACGGAACGUAUGACCCUGAAGGUCUAAGGAUUUUCAACUUUGAGGAAAAAUCUGUAAGGCAUGCCUUCAUACGAAAAGUCUACUCAAUAUUAACGAUCCAGUUGGGCCUCACCUUUGCAGUGAUUUGUCUGUUCCUGUUUCAUGCCCCGACCCGGAAGUGGUUCUUCGAGCGCCCGGAGCUGUUCUGGAUCGCGCUCGGUAUUUCGCUGGUGAUGAUAAUUGCGCUGGCCUGCUGUGAAAGUGUCCGGCGUCAGGUGCCGCUCAAUUUUAUAUGCCUGUUCGUUUUCACCCUGGCCGAGGCGCUGCUGCUGGGAACGCUUUGCGUGCGGUUUAGCAGGGAUGAGGUCAUGAUGGCAGUGGGCAUAACGGCGCUCAUCUGCUUUGCCCUAACGCUGUUCGCGAUGCAGACCAAGAUCGACUUCACCGUGAUGGGUGGAGCGUUGCUCAUUGGCCUGCUCUGUCUGCUGGUCAUCGGCCUGGUGGGCAUGUUCUUCCCGAGUAAGACGCUCCAUGUGGUGUACGCCAGCUUGGGGGCGUUCCUGUUCAGCAUGUACCUGAUCUUCGAUACCCAGCUGAUGAUGGGCGGCUCACAUCGGUACAGCAUUAGCCCGGAUGAGUACAUAUUUGCCGCGCUGUCCCUUUAUAUCGAUAUCAUCAACAUUUUUAUUUAUAUUCUGUCUCUGUUGGGAGCUUCGAACAACUAGGGGUUAAAAUUGUCCAGUGUUUUAAAUUAAAAAUUUAGAGAUAGCCUAGAUUAUUGACAUUACAAACAGGUUCCCCAGAAAAUUGUG